AUGGAUAAGGAAAAGAAGAGUUCCCGAAAACUAACUGCCGAAGACUAUGACCAAGACAGAGAGGAUUUUUUUUCAGCUGAAAUGAUUGAAAUGAGUCCGUCUCUGAUGGAAAUUAUGAAAGAAGUUUCAGAAAAACUUCAUAGCUACAAACACCUAACUCCAACGUCACAUCGAUCAACACACAGCAAGACCCCGGAAUCCCAUGUCAGGUUUUCACCCACUGAAGACUCAAGCACCGAUCGACCUCACACUUCGAGGUCGCUUACUCCAACAAAGUAUCGUAGUAAGUCGAUUUUAAAGAAUGAAAGCGCACCUUCUGUUAAAGACAAAAGCUCUACUUCUCGAAAAACGCACUCUUCGCCGGAAUCGGAAACAUCCGGAACCUACGAAGAAGAAGAACAAACCUCGAAAGAAUCAUCGACAGAAUUAACAUCGAAAGAAACAGUGAGCUCCAAAAUCAGAGAUAAGUCUAUCGUAUUCGAAGAUAGGAGGCCACCGGCAGAAGGAGAAGCAUGUAAGGAGGAAUUUAUGGAAGAACUCGUAGAUAGUGAUGAUAAACUUCCAUCAAAAACGAUCAAAAAUAAAAAGGAGAGAAAGAGAAGAAAAUGUGCGUUUUGGUAUACUUCAGAAAUGUUUAGAGAAACAGAUAGAGAACAAUUUAUAUUUCUUUCCAUUCAAGAAUUUAUUAUAUAUCUCAUUUUCUUAGCUUCAGUUUCGAUAGUCGUCUUCGGAUCUUUUACCGCGAUAAUGUAUUACUACAGCAUCGUACUCUCUGACGUGUUCACGAGGACAAAGUUCAAGACGGCGCAAGGGCUGGCGAUAGCUUAUACAGAAGUGAGAACGAUACAACAAUACUGGGCGUAUUUACGGAACGCGUUCAUCAAUACGUUGUUCUUCAAAUACCUGGAAGACCAGUUGGCUGGUAAUACACUCACCAUGGAGGAGAGCAAAUUGGUUCUGUUGCAGAAUAUUUUAGUUGGUGUACCAAGGUUGAGGCAGCUAAGGGUGAGACCGGAUUCCUGUAAGGUGCCUCAGGAUUUUGCUGGAGCCUUUCGUUCAUGUUACGGUUAUUAUAGACCGUAUAAUGAAGAUAGGACAUCUUUCGGCUUGAAGACUGGGUCUGAAUGGACUUAUUCUGAAAAACUUGCCGAUGCCUACGAAGGAAAAAUAUCCACAUACGGAACUGGAGGAUACUAUUUGAACCUGACAAGAAGCUACGUCUUUUCUAAAAGAAUUAUUGACAACCUCCACGACAAUUUGUGGAUAGAUCACGGGACGAGGGCGGUGUUCAUCGACUUUACGCUGUACACUCCGAACGUGAAUCUCUUCUGUAUGGUGAAGUUAGUCGCUGAGUUUCCGCCCAGUGGGGGAGUAAUCCCUUCUUCUAGGUUCCAUACUCUGAAGUUGAUCCGCUACGUCUCCUUCUGGGACCACAUCAUCCUAGGCCUGGAAGUGGUGACAGUGGUCAUGCUCUUCUUGUACACAGCUGAGGAAAUCAGGGAGAUAUUUGUCCUGAAAUGGAAUUAUAUCUUCAAUGCUUGGAACAUACUUGACCUUACGAUUGUGAUACUUGGAUGGAACUUGGUGACCAUAGGAUGCCUGAGAUAUCUGUGGAUAAGUAAUGAGAUACCUUAUUUGAUCAACAUGAUUAAUAAAGACGAUCACGCGAAUUUCGACUCGCUCUCGGAAAUACAACUAUGGUUCAAUACGGCGAGUGCAUUCUUUGUAGCUCUUGUAUGGGUCAAAUUCAUAAAAUAUAUGAUGCUCAUCAAGGUUAUGUACCAUCUCCUUAAAACAAUUGGGAAGUGUGCUCAUGAACUGCUUGGAUUAACCUUAAUAUUAAUUUUAUUACUAAUUGCAUUUGCACUACUUGGACAUCUUCUGUUUGGAGCACAGGUGGAGGAAUUUGGUACGAUGAAGGAGGCCAUGAUAUCAUUGCUAGUUCUUCUAGUUGGAGCUUUGGACUACAAGAAAGUUCAUGAAGCUAGGCCCUUUUUAGGACCGCUCUACUUUAUGCUCUAUAUUUAUCUCUUCAUUUUAGUAUUCUUGAGUCUUUUUGUUGCUGUGCUUGUGAAUGGAUUUACAACAGUAAGGUUUGACAUCAUGGAAGACCGCUCAAAAAUAUAUCUGAAGAAUAUAUUUUAUGAUUGUUUAAAUAACCUUCUUAAAUUCAUAAGUUUUAAUAAACUAUCUAAAAGACUAAAAGAAAAACAAAGAAGAGACAUAGCAGAAGAGAAUUACAAUGUCAUCAUAGACAUACUGAGAAGGUCAGGGUUUCGAGGUAGAGAAUUGGAUUUAUUUUUAAAGAAACACAAAAUUCAAAAAGGAAGAGAUAUCAGUACGCAAAAAAUGGCUCAAAUUUAUGACGACAUUGAUGGAAAAGGACAAAUCUAUAUCGAAGCUAUUGAACAUGAACAAAUAAUGAAUGACAUUGAUCUGUUACGAUUGAGGAUGGCAUAUAGCGAUAAGAUGACGGAAGAAUUGGCUUCUAAAAUAGAAUGCCUUUUUGCUAAAAUUUCACCAACACCGAACUGA